AUGGACGUAGAAGGAUCUUUCUAUCAUGGAGCUGUUUUUGUUUAUACUGAGCUUUUUGGACUCAUACAAUGGCAGCUUGGUGAAUUGAUGACAAGUUCUCUAUCAGCCCUUGGGUUCUUUGAAAAAGAUUUUCCCCAUUUAAACCCCAAUUUCUUUUGA